GAGAGUUUCAAAGACAGCUGCUUUAUCUGCUGGGAGGGCGAAAAAAAGUUAUCCAGCAUGUGCGAUGUCAACUGCGCAGUUGUUCGAAUCGAACCUCUUCAUGAGCGCUGGGACUUAGUGGAGGCGUGUGCGGAACUACUGAACACCCAGUGGCAACGCAGUAUGGGGGCGCGAAUGCACUCCCUCCAUCAAUCGGGCCACAACUAUCCCGUGUGUCUCCUCCUAUUGAAUGGGGAGAGGCGGAGUCAAGAUGAGAAGUUAAUAGGCCACGCCCGCUUAUCCCGCGUACUGGGAAACCGUAGUCUGUUUGUAGAGUCUGUCGUGGUGUGUAGCACGCUGCGAGGGAAGGGCUAUGGGCGUAUCUUGAUGGAGGGUGUAGAGCGAUAUGCAAAGACACGGGGCUGCACCCGAUUGUGCCUAACCACCCAUGAUAAGCAACACUUCUAUGCCCAUCUGGGUUUUGUGCUGUCCAAACCUGUCCAGAGUGUUGGUACGCUGGCUUCCUUCAUGUCUGUGGAGGUGCUGCACAAGUUCUGUAGGACUGCGGAGAAUGAGGAAGAGAGGAAGAGCGAUGCUGCUAAAUUAUCUUCAAAGUCAAUAAACAAUACUACACAGUCUGCACCUUCCCCGAUUCUGCCUCCACCUCCACCCCCUCCUCCUCCUCCUCCUCCUCUAUCUGGCUCUGUUCCUCCACCACCUCCACCUCCUGCUCCUUUGUCUUGGACUCCAGUUACUCAGACUCUGGAGCAAACACCAUACACAGACAACAGAGGGCUGCCUAUCUUCUGGAUGCACAAGGACAUCUGAGACAAAUAUAUAAACACUUUCAAUCCAUACUUAUUCAGGGAUACACAAAUGCUGUGUUUACUGUAUCAUGUAAAUCUGUUUGAACUUUGGUGACUUAAAACUCUGUGACAAUCUCAAUGUGCCUUAAUACCAAAGAUUUACUUUGUGUUUUAACUGCUAUUUAUGUAAAGUUUUUUAUUGUAAAAUCAGUUGAAGGUUGACAAAUUUCUCUGAACCAGAUAUCUCUGCUGGCAUUUUGACACCUGCCUCAGUUUAAAUGGCUAUCUCAAAAUAAAACCUUUCUAAUAUU